UCAUUAAAAAUUGGCCCAUAAUUAAUCUUGGGGAGUUUAUUUCACUUUCAUACCUUAAAAAUGCUGCGGCAUUCGCUAACUUUAUUUUCAUGAACGUUUUCAUUUUAUCUUUAUUAAUUUAUUUUUUGUGUGUUCUUUAUUACUUUAUUGCAAAUGCAUCUCGAGACUGGCAACAAACUGAAUGAAUAACUACAUAUUUCUUAAUAAGAUGCUCCAAGUACGUCAAUCAAACUUGUUCUGUACCCCGCGGGGUUUUCAAUACUUAUUAUUCUUAAUACGAGCGUCUCAAAUGGAGAUUCUCUUUAAAAACUUCUCGAGAAUUUCAACAAAGGUAGGUAAAAUUAAAGUAUCUUAA